UCUAAGCCUCCAAACGAAGGGAACCUUGGUGUGGCUGUUAAAGUUGUUGUCGUGUGACCAGAGGAGGUCAUCAGAUCUAUCUGUGAAAACAGUUUCUUGCAGAAAUGUAAGAUACAACUGUGUGAAAUAGACUCUUAUGGUCUAGCCUUUCACUGUACCACACACAUCAGGGGAGUCUAGUGCACCGAUGUCCCUUUUAUAAGCCUCCAAACGUUGUUAUUUGAUAAGAAUACAAAUGACUGCAAUUACUAAUAUGAAAUGUCUAAUUCUAUCGUUCCAUGUUUGUCUUGCCAAUUUGAUUAAAGCUGCUGAAGUUGUCGAUCAAGUCAAUCAAUGGACUAAAAUGAAGACAGAUGGUCUCAUCGAAGAGAUUCUUGAUGGUGAUGCAGUGGACAACAUGACAAGGCUGAUCUUGGCCAAUGCACUAUAUUUCAAAGGAGAAUGGAAUGAGAAGUUCGAUGCUUCAGAAACAAAAGACCACGAGUUCCAUCUCCUCGAUGGGUUGCCUAUUCAAGUACCCUUCAUGACUAGCAAGAAGAAGCAGCACAUAGCAGAAUUUAAUGGCUUUAAAGUAAUGAGGCUUCCUUAUAAACAGGGCAAAGAUACGGGUUGCUUCUCAAUGUACUUCAUUCUUCCAGAUGCACAUGAUGGAUUGCCCGCUUUAUUUGACAAAUUCAGUACAGAAGCUGGAUUCUUAACUCACCACGUUCCGUUUAAAAAAGUUAGUGCAGGCAAGUUUCUUAUCCCUGAAUUCAAAAUAACUUUCGAGUUUGAAGCUUCCGACAUUCUAAAGGGACUUGGCCUCACGUUAUCUUUCUGCGGUGGUGGUCUCACUGAGAUGAUUGAUUCCACUUUACCUGAGAAUAUCUCUGUUUCAAAAGUUUUUCACAAGUCCUUUAUUGAGGUAAAUGAGGAAGGCACCGAAGCUGCAGCUGUUACGGUUACUCUAAUAACGCCCAUGUCUUUGUUUACUGAGAAGGAAAUCGACUUUGUUGCUGAUCAUCCAUUCCUGUUCUUUAUAAAAGAUGAAUCUACUGGUGUCGUAUUGUUCAUUGGAAGUGUGCAAUGAAGAAGAGUGAAGCGGUGAAAACACUCCAAACUUGGUGUCCCUGUGCCUAGUACUUAUUAAAACACUCCUAGGCUUGACUAAAGGGACUCGGCCUCACAUUAGCUUUCCAAACAUUUUUAUCUUUUUUGGCCAUUUAGCACGUUAAAAUACUAAUUUUUAUCAACAUCCCAAAUAAUUGCUCCAAGAAUAUGUACUCCAAUAUGCUCAAAUUCAAAUACUUAGACAAACUAAUUUAACGAAGAUAACAUUAUUCCUUUCUAUAAACAAUUCUUUUUUUUUCCUUUUGAUACCGUGGUACAAAUUCCAUACUUCUAUGCUAAGUAUUGACUU